GUAAUGUUUUUCCAGUUCUACUUUACCAUUUUGUUUAAAAUGAAUUAAUUAGCAUUAAAUUUAUAAUACGGAGUACAAUUUAAUGUAUUUCUUUUAUAAUUUAUGAUAAAAUAAUAACCGCAAAAGUUAAAAAUAAAAAGUGAGAUACUCCGUAUAAAAUAGUUGCUUCGCUAUCUAAAACGAGUCACGAGUAUUGGUUCCAUAAAGUAUACCGAGGUCCAAGUUUUUAGAAUUGUAAAAAGAGGAUAUGUAAAACUCACUGAGUAAAAUUUAUUAACAUGUCAAAUACCCCAAACUACCAAUCCUACCCUCCGCCGUUUCGUCCUCCGGCCAACCAAAACCUAGUCGCCGGAGGAGCGGAAACGGGAGCACCGACUUUAGAUCCGCCCACGACGGUGGAAGGAGAGGACGGCGUUCCGGUGAUAGAUUUCGAGCGCUUGACGGAGCAUGACGACGGCGGGGAGGAAAAGAUAACGGCGGCAUGCAGGGAAUGGGGGCUGUUCAGGCUGGUCAACCACGGAGUCCCAGAAAUGCUGCUGAGACAAAUGCUUGACCGUACCGAACAGAUGUUCUCCAUGUCGUUUGAGGAGAAACAGGCCGUAUCAGGCGAUGGCAUGUCGUAUUUCUGGGGAACACCGGCCGUGGCGCCGUCCGGGGCGGCGCUGCCCACUAACGGCAGCAGCCUUCAUUGGAUGGAAGGAAUUAACGUUCCGUUGAGCCGAGUGUCGCUACAUCACUACGAAGAUGAAACGUUGGAGUCUUUCCGAUUGCUAAAAACCCACCACAACAGCAAGCUAUAUCUCGGAAGACACCGGAAUCCUGCGUCUAUACCGAUACCCUCGUGUCAUUUGGACCACACAACCGCGGCUGCAGAGGAGGAGGAGGAGGAGAUGGAUGACCGCCGCCAGCCACCACCACCGUGGGGAAUCGGCGCACACACGGACAGCUCCCUCCUCUCCAUCCUCCACCAGGACCUCGUCGGCGGUCUUCAAGCCUACCACAACAACAACCAAAACCAACAAUGUUGGGUCGAUGUCAGGCCUAUCCCCAACACUCUCAUUGUCAUCGUUGGAGACAUGAUGCAGGCAAUAAGCGACGACAAAUAUGUGAGUGCGAAGCACAGGGUGAAGGUGAAGGGGGAGAGGGAGAGGAUAUCGAUGGGAUAUUUUGUGUUCCCAGAGGAGGAAGCCGUGAUUGAGAGCUCCCGGUAUACGCCAUUCACUUAUGCCGAGUUUCGAGCUCAGGUGCACCGUGAACUUAAGACCGCGGGCUCUAAGAUUCUUGGCCUCCGCGCCUUCAAGCGUGAGUCGCCAUUCUUAGCAUGAUCGGUCGGGCAAACCGGUGCGGUGAGAACUGGGCUGCGUGGGGAAUUGGGUUGGAUCCUUGAUCAAAGAAAAGAACAAGUUAAUU